AUGUCACGUCCCGAACAUCAGGCCCCCCCGGAACUGUUCUACAGUGCAACUGAGGCCAAAAAAUACGCAGUCAAUUCUCGUAUGCAAAGCAUUCAGACGUCUAUGACUCAGAGAGCACUCGAGUUACUCAACUUGCCACAGGGUAUACCUUCAUACUUACUGGAUAUCGGAUGCGGAACUGGGCUGAGUGGAGAGGAACUCACGGAGAAUGGCCACUUUUGGGUGGGCAUGGAUAUUAGUCCGCAUAUGCUGG